UACAGUCAAGUCUCUGCGGGCUCUAGGCUUUCCUCCACGCAGCUGUCAAGGGGGCUUUCUAAGCGGCCGGCCGAAGAAAUGGCGCUGGUGGCUGGAUGGAUGAAUGGAUGGACGGAGCGAGAGUGGACGGAGAGACGAAGGAUAGAAAGACCUUAGGAAGAAUGGACUUAUAGACGGACUGACGGACUUGAGGGAAGAGGGAGAGCGCUAUGGUGAGCCCACUUAAAGCAGCCCUCUGCGCGCGAGCGGUGGAGGAAGUCAGCCAAUGGGGUGAGGCUCGGGCCUUGGACACGCCUCUCUCCGUUUCCGUCAGGAAGACUUUCUAGCUGCACACAUUCACGGAGACCGUCCAGUCUCCAACCAACUCUCACGCCCCCAGAAAUUCAGCCAAUGGAGGCUCAGAUCUUUUUCUAUCGCCCCGCCCAUUCUCUGGAAGAUCAGCCAAUCGAAGCUAGCAGCCAAUGAGAGUCGGGCGCGCGGUCGGGGGAAGAGUGGCCGCUCGGCGUGCGGUAACCAUGGUAACGCGGCAGAGCCAGUCGAGGAGCCGGCGGCGGGGUCGGCAGCGCCAGAGAAACCGGUCUGGGGUCGCGGUCCGAGGGCCAGGGACUUGCGUGCAGCGGCCCGGGGCGGUCGCGGUCGCGGUCGCGGCGGUGCGGAGCGGGGCGGUCGGCUGGGCCGGGGGCGAGGCUCGCAGGCGGCCCGCAUGUGAGGGCCCGGGACCCGGCGGCGCCGCCAUGAGCUGCCCCGGGAUGGCGGGCGGGUUCGGCCCGCAAACCUCGAACCCGGCCUCGGCAGCGAGCCUGGGCCGCCUGCGGGCCCCGACGUUGCCGCAGCCGCAGCCGCAGCCGCAGCCGCAGCCUCAGCCUCAGCCGCAGCCGCAGCCUCAGUCGCAGCCACAGCCGCAACAGCCGCCUAGCCCCGGGCCGGUCCUGGGUAUCGGCCCCGCUCCCGUGGUGACUGCGCCGCCGGCCGGGGCGCCCGCGCUGCAGAAGCGCGUGGUGGACCUGGAGAAGAGCCUGCAGUUCGUGCAGCAGCAGCACGCCGACACCCUGCUGAGUCUGCACGCCGAGGUGGAGCGGCUGCGCAGGGACAACCGCGAUCUUCACUAUAAACUCAUAAUGAAUCAGAAGCUGCAGCGGAAAGGUAUGACUUCUUCCAAUUCCCAUUUUCCCAAGUCCAGCUCGGGCACGGUGCUGGCAGGUGGCUCCGUGUCCAGAGUGAAGCACUCGCUUUGCUGCCCAAAGAGACAGGAAUUGGGGGAGCCCAGAGAAGAGGAGCGAGGCCCCGGCAUGAGGAUGGAGAAAGGCCUGGCUGGAGCAGAAGGGGAAGCCCCGGCCUCCAGGCUGGUCCCCAUGAUGUCCUGCCAGCCCCAGUUCAAGCACGUCGUGGGGGUCUCCUCGUCUCUGAAGCUGCCCCCUCACAUGCGGAAGCUGUCCACCCUCCAGCAGUGUGAGCUGGUCAUCCGGCAGCUGUGGAAUGCCAACCACCUGCAGGCUCAAGAGCUGCAGCACCUGAAAUCUGUCCUGGAAGACAGCAGCAGACAGACCGGGGACGGCCUUCCGGGCGGCCAGCCAAAUCCCAAGCCUCAGGAGGGCAUGCAGUUUCCCAAAGUUGCUGAUAAGAACACAGCCAAAAAAUGUUUGGUCCUCGCUCCGCUGCCUGGAGCAGAGCGAGCCGUCUUGCCGGCCCUCAAGCAAACCUUGAGAAACAGCUUUGCCGAGAGACAGAAGAAAAUGCAGGCCAUCCAGAGCCGCCGUCUCCACCGGACGGUCCUGUAACCGGCCCCAGCCUGGUUCUGCCUGGGGGCUGGGGCCGGAGCAGACGGCACACACCCACCCGGGCUUCUCCCCUUGACCUCGGACCCCGAGACACCGGCCGUAACCCUUCUCCGAGCCACUGCCCCGGCCUCUGGGCCCCAGUCUGAUGACCACUUUUCUCUCCCAAAUACACAUUAAUACAAAAAUGAAUUAUGAAACUAUUUCCCUACCAGCUAGAGAUUGUUGAAAUAAAGCUACAUUCCUUGA